CCGUAAGUAUAUAAUGAUGGCGAGACAUUACACACGAUCCCUCGCGCUGUUCCCCCGGCAAGGCCUACACUCAUUAUGCUGUCGCUUCUUUUUCUUGGAUAUCCAUUAUUCUCACCACUCCUUGUCAGGGGGCAACUGGCCGCAGCGGAAGCGUACACACCAACUCGUGUAGCCUGCCCACCGGACACCUCUCUCGUCCGUCUCGCCGGCACGGGUACCUCCCAGUCGCUCAAUCCCUCCGAGUCAGCCUACGUAUCCUCCCGCCAAACUCUCGUGCUCCCCUCUGCGUGGCAGAGCUACCUGACCACCGUCCAACAACAGAUAGAGGCGCGGAAUGUCUCCGCCCUUCCGUCCUACGUCUCCGACAUCCUCAGCGGCGCGAACGGCUCGAGCGCGUACCCGACCUUCGGUAUCGCCACUAGCGGGGGCGGCUACCGCGCCGCGAUCGUUGGCGCAGGUGCGCUGAACGCCCUCGACGGCCGGAACGCUUCAGCCAUAGAGGCGGGGACCGGCGGCUUGCUCCAGGCUGCUACCUACAUCACCGGUCUGUCUGGCGGUAAUUGGUUGGUGACAUCCCUCGCCCAGGCGGACUUCCCGACUCUGUCGGAGCUCGUGUUCCAGCCUAACGACGUGUCGGGCUGGGGAGGCUGGAAUGCGCAAUAUUCACUCGCGUCGCCUACCUCAAACACGGUACAGGGGCUGGCGUAUGACUUGGGUCUGAUCACGGAGAUCCAGGGGAAGCUUCUCGCUGGGUACCCUGUCAGUAUUGUCGACUUGUGGGCGCGCAUCCUGGCGAGACAUUUCACGAACGGGACGAGCGCGAAUAACUACUUCGACUCGUCCCUCCCGCACGGCGCUGGCAUUACCUUCUCGUCUUUGACUAAUUUAUCCACAUUCGUAUCCUACUCACAGCCGUUUCCCAUCGUCGUGGCUGAUUCGCGCUCCUGGAGUGCGAACUUCUCCAACCUCUAUCCGGACUCGGAUGACAACGUCCCUCUGACUAACCCAGUCUACGAGUUCAGCGUUUAUGAGAUGGGCUCCUUUGAUCCGAGCCUCGCCGCGUUCACGCCUAUGCAAUACCUUGGUACCGAGCCUGGAAGCGAUACCUGCACGGUAGGCUUCGACCAGCUCUCCUUCAUUGCUGCGACGUCUUCGAACAUAUUCAGCAGCUUCAACUACACGUCUUUCCUGAACGGCACAAACUUGCUGACGCCCCUGCUGGAGUUAUUCACCCAAUUGAGCAACGACACGGAAUCGCUCGAUUGGCUCGUCACCUCUCGAGUUCCCAACCCGUUCUACGGCCUUAAUGAAGGGACCUACCUCGACUCGAAUGCGACCGAGCUUGCGCUAGUCGAUGGUGGCGACGACGGUGAAGGGAUCCCGUUCACACCUCUUCUGGCGAAGGCGAGGGGCGUGGACGUGAUAUGGGCGACUGAUGGUAGCGGGAACAUUACUAACUGGGCCAAUGGCUAUGUCGUGAGCGCCGCCCAGGCGCGCACGGAACUCCUCUCUGCCUACGAUUUCCCACCCGUGCCCACCGACACCGCGACCUGGCUUGACGAGGGGCUGACCACCCACCCCACCUUCUUCGGGUGCAAUUCCUCCUCCCCGGUCCCCCUCCUCAUCUACCUUGCCAACGGCGCGCCGCCGCUCGGCCAAGCACCACUCACGAACAUCACCACGGUCCAAGAAGCGUUCGAGGCGGACGACAUCGAGGCCGCGAUGUCGCAGAUGUUCGACCUCACGACGCAGGGCAUGGCGACGGAGGCUGACGGCGUGUGGGCGAAGGACCCGGAGUGGCCCGCGUGCUUGGCGUGCGCGGUCGUUGACAGGAGCAGAGCGAAGGCUGGGGUCGAGAGGAGCGGGGUGUGCGAGACGUGCAUGCAGAAGUACUGCUGGAGCUAGAGAAGGGGGGCAGCUUCCUAGGACUACUAUGGACGCUUGUUUAGGGCGCUGAGCGAGGCAUGUAUUAGUUGCUACAAGAUUGAGUGCGGACUGUCAUCACUCGUUAACAUCGCUAAUAUGGACAUUCCCUUGGAUCGAGACCGUAUCGUUGAAGGCUCAAUUUUCGCGACCAUGUACAGGUUCGAACGGGGGAUCUCGUCACGGUAUUGGCAUUGUCCUCGAGGGCUCAUGUGUGCAUGCAACCCGGAAGGACAGAGGCCCUU